AUGGCUAGGCAUCGCAUUGCCAUUGCCAACCUUUACUGGAAAGAGGAAGAAGUAGAGGAAGCAGAGGAGGAAGAAGAAGGAGAGGAAGAAGAAGCAGAGGAAAAAGAAGUAGAAGAAGAAGAAGAAGAAAAAGAAGCAGAGGAACAAGAAGCAGAGGAGAAAGAAAAAACAAAGAAAGUAGAGGAAGAGGAAGUAGAGGAAGAAGAAGCAGAGGAAGCAGAAGCAGAAGAAGAAGAAGAAGAAGAAGAAGAAGAAGAA